CGCGUCCAGUAGCCCCCACACCAGACAGUCCAAUCCCAUCGUGCCCAUUACAUUGUGCAUCACUCUACAAUCGACACUACAGCCGAAAAACAUGCCGACCCUCAAGUACACGACCGUCACUAAACAAAGCUUUGAAACAAUCCUUUUACGGUAUCCUUUGUUGGUUCCAGAGAAGCUUCACGACUUGGAUCAGUUACGCUACCAGUCAAUUCCAGCAACGGCUGCGAAGCGCAAAGCAGCACAGCACGAGGACGCCGAAGAGGCAUAUUUGAAUAAAGACGAGGUAGAGAAACUAGUAGAGUGGAAAUUAUCUCACGGUACUUUCCGGCCCAAGCUUCUGCAGCUGGUCCUGAGUAAUGAGUCAACCGCCAUCGAGACAGUAACGCGUGACGGGUUCCGAGCAAUCUUCCCCCACUCACAACAAAAUGCAAAGCAAGAUCGAGAAAAGAGAGAUGCAUCGCUUGCUUCCGCGAUCAAGUAUCUGACUUCGUUGCGUGGAAUUGGCCCCGCGACCGCCUCUUUGUUGCUGUCUGUGUACGCUCCAGACACCAUCCCCUUCUUCUCUGAUGAGCUAUUUCGCUGGGUCAUGUGGAAUGAGGCAGAUAGUGGCGGCCAAGGAAGUAAAUGGAAGAGAAGAAUCAAGUAUAAUGGUAAAGAGUAUGCGGAAUUAGCGAAAAGGGUUGGGGAUGUGAUAAGCAGAUUGAAAGUGAGCGCAGUCGAUUGUGAGAGGGUGGCGUGGGUGUUGGGCAAGGAGGGCGCUGAUGUUGAUGUUGAUGCUGAUUUUGGCGGCGGCGAGUCCGUUGAUCAAGCCAAUGCCAACAAGGCGGAAGAGCAAAGCAGAAGUGAAACUCGGAAAGAGGGGAACAGAGGAGAUGUUGCGGCUGUAAAAGAGAUGCGAGCCAUCGAAACGAAGGAAAAUGUCAAGCGCAAAGUUGUAAAUGAUGAUUCGCAGCCAGUGGAGGGCCUGAGGAGAAGCGCCCGAAGAAAGCGAGUUACCUGA